AUGGCACUUUUGAGUGGGGACGAGGAGCCGGUUCUGGUGGCCGAAGCCUUGCAAAGGCUGGGUUUGGAUGUGAAGGAGAUGGUUGAAGCACCUGAAGUGCCGCCAGUGCGGUUGGCUGAGAACUUGGAAGGGAAAAUUUGGCAAACAGCCAUGGAGACCAGACGUCUAGUGGAGAUGGCUUGGGUGGCCGAGUCGCAGCAGGUGAUCGAAGCUGGAAGUUCUUUGGCAUCGCAGUUAGUGCCGGAGACGGACGAGCUUCUGCAGAGCUUGAUCACAAGGAAGGUCCCAGAUGCCCCAGAAACAGAAGCAGACGGCUGUGUUGAUAUGAUCAUGUUUUGUGGUGACAGUGUGACAGUCAGAUGCUCAAUCCACCCGAAGGAGGCCUGGUGGUUUUGUGCCAGUAUCAGUGAGCCUGCUCUAGACGAUCCGGAAAAGGAGGAUGAGAAGAACGGUGAUUAUUAUUCCUGGACUGCCACGAUGGAUUUGGGACCCAUCAAAUACAAAGGAAUCAAGUUCACCGAUAUCCAGCUUGAUCGCUAUCACCGUCAAAAGGGGUCAUCGUUUUACUUCUUGGAGCUGCCAAUGCCCAUGGGUGUCAGCCUGGAAGAAGUGGAGGUAGAUGGCGUUGGGACAGUGAUUCAGGUCACAGACCUGGUGGAUGGAGGCAGUGCAAAGGAGGAUGGAAGCAUUCGUGUGGGCGAUUACCUGCGUGCGAUCACUACACCUCAGCGGAAGUUGACCGGUGGAGAGGAAGGGGAAGAAGGUGGCAUGGCUGAAGCCUUGGGCGCGUCUGCCGGCGAGCAAACCAAGGCCGUGCUGGUGAUCCCCCGGGGCUUUCCCUUCCAACGGGUCAUAGAUGAGAUCGCGGAGAAUAACAAGAUGGAUAGCUACGUAGGCCUGGUAUUUGAAAGGCCCUUCGUCGACCAGGACUGA